AACGUCUCGCGCGAAACAGGGAAUUACUGCUCCCUACGCGUAGUCUCCGUACUUAACAUCGGAAAUUUCCGAUUAGAGACGAGGAGGAAUGAUCGAUACUAAGGAGAAUCGUGGACGAUAAGGGUUUUACACUUUUAGAUCUACCUCUGUCUUUCUCUACCAACAUUUUAAGGGAACAAAAAUUCUCUUGUCGAAACGAAACGUAGCGUUUCACGUAGCAGCAUCUGUUCGAUUCUCGUUGGACCUCUCUCUCUCUCUCUGUCUCUCUCUCCCCUUUUCUUCCCUUUUCUCUUUUGGAGGGAAUUCGAUUUUCUUUUGGCGGGAAUUCAAUUCCUUUUGCAAUCUAAAUCUCAGUUGUUUUUGUUUUUGUUUUUUGAAACCACUGGUUUGGAAUCGAAUGUAAAUGUUAUUGAAUUUGUAUGUCCCAUAUGUGCAUAACGUAAGCUGCUUUUAGAGAAGAGGAAACAAUGGGAGUAUCAGAUAAUUCAAAAGGGCUAAUCCUGGCUGUGGCAUCCAGUGCUUUUAUUGGGUCGAGCUUCAUUUUGAAGAAGAAGGGGCUGAAGCGAGCUGGUGCUGCUGGAACUCGAGCUGGCGUGGGAGGUUAUACCUACUUACUGGAGCCGCUAUGGUGGGCUGGCAUGGUGACAAUGUUUGUUGGAGAGAUAGCAAACUUUGUGGCUUAUGUUUAUGCUCCUGCUGUUUUAGUGACUCCUCUAGGUGCACUUAGUAUAAUUAUCAGUGCGAUUUUGGCACACUUCAUGUUGAGGGAACGGCUGCAGAAAAUGGGUAUUGUUGGAUGUGUUUCUUGCAUUGUUGGAUCAGUAGUGAUAGUAAUCCAUGCUCCUCAAGAACAUACUCCUAAUUCAGUACAAGAAAUUUGGACUUUUGCAACCCAACCAGCAUUUUUAAUAUAUGUGGCAGCUUCACUUUCAGUGGUGUUAGCUUUGAUUUUGCACUUUGAACCUCGCUGUGGGCAAACAAACAUAUUGGUCUACUUGGGAAUUUGCUCUUUAAUUGGUUCAAUUACGGUUGUAAGCAUAAAGGCCAUUGGAAUUGCAAUAAAGCUUACAUUGGAGGGAACAAGUCAGAUAGCCUAUCCACAGACCUGGUUUUUUCUUACAGUUGCCGUGAUUUGUGUAAUUACACAAUUAAAUUACCUCAACAAGGCGUUGGAUACAUUCAAUGCAGCAAUUGUUUCUCCAGUAUAUUAUGUCAUGUUUACAACUCUAACUAUCAUUGCUAGUGCCAUAAUGUUCAAGGAUUGGUCUGGCCAAAAUGUGAGCAGCAUAACCUCCGAGUUAUGUGGAUUCAUCACUGUUCUGUCAGGCACAAUCAUACUUCAUGCGACAAGAGAACAGGAGCCACCUCCUCCUAUAGGAACUGUGACAUGGUACGUUAAUGAAGAUUCUGUUAAAUGUCUUGAGGAACAUUUAAUAAACAUACAAAGUUCGGAUGAGCAAUGAAUCUUUCUGUUUUGAGAUGAUUGUGAAAGGAAGAUAAUCCCUGUUGGAGCAACUCUGCGAUCAGUGUUCGCAAUAUGUAUUUUCAGAGGGAGAAGCUCCUUGUUUUUUCUUCACAAACAUCUGAGGUUGGCAUAGUGGAGUGGUUUUUUGUGUAUGCCAUGACAAGUUGUGGGAGGCGGUCCUGAGUCGGAGCAACACCUCUCAAAUUUUGGAUCACAUUAGGCAUUCCAAACUAUGAACAGAUCUGAGGUUGCUGUGUUAGAAGUAGUACAGAAAAAAGGCUGCACAGAUCUAUAACAGGUCAAUGAUGCCCCCAUAGCCUAUCAUGCAUUUGUAAAUAUUGAUAGUCACCUAUUCUCUUCAAUUUAUGGUUUCAGUGAUGCCUUUCAUGAUCAAUUUGGUUGUUUCUUGUGUGUAUUAAUCCAUUGUUUUGUAUUUUAUUCACUUUUUUACUACCAAAAGUUCGCCAUUUUGCAAAAUACAAAGUUUGGGUUGUGAUUUUGAGUGAA